AUGGCAGAAGAAAAGAUCCCAUUUAAUGAAACAAGCAUGAAGCAACGGCCUAAAUUUACUUUCCAAGAACCAGAUCUCGAAAAUAGCAUGGUUACUAAUAAUAACAAAGAAAAAGCUGGUUGUAUAAAGAUUAGAGUUGGAGAAGUAUCAUUUGUGAGAGCUCUCACAGAAUUUUUGAUGGGUUGUAUGGUAUGGAAUUUUAUUAUUUUCUGCGGACACAUGUAUACUAACGACGAGAUACAAUUUGUGUUUGGAAACGAUGUUCAAAUGGUUCUACUUGGAUCUUUAUUCAUAAUUGCUGACAUCCUAAUCAUAUUAACUUGGUUUAAGGCGAUUGAAGAAGAAGGUAAAAUAAAGAUUCCGAAUUCAUUAACAGUAUUUAGUAGAUUAUACGACUUCUUGGUUAAUCGGAAGUCCGUUUACAGCACAUUGCUGUUAUAUAUAAUCACUCAUGCUUUCAGAAUGGAUAAACAUAGUAAUCAAUAUAGAUUCAUAGUUGUAAGUAUACUGUAUCAUCUAGGGGUUUCUGAAGAAUAUUUAAACAAUAGGUUCUUUAUCGAUGUAUCAGAAACUGACUUAACGUAUAUCUAA